GAGGAAAGGGAUCGGACCAGCGUGAAUCACGCUGCUGUAGCAGCCUAGAUAUCUACAUUUCGUGAGCAAGUUAAUCGUCAAUCCCAAGAGAGGUUGCACUUUUGACCAGAUCCGGCCAGGCCACGCAGGUAACUCCAUUUUCAAGCGCGUAGCUCCGUCGGGUCUCGUCCUGUUCUUCCCUCGACGCGCACGAUCAUUCCUUGCUGUGAUCCUCUGUAGUACCGAGCGGACGUCUCCGUCGUAGUCAGUCCCGUUACCAGUCAGCACCAUCCAUCGAAAUGCAGUCGUCAGGUUCGGCUGCCAGUCUAGCGCUCGCCGUCACGACUGCCGGCGCGGCAGCGGCAGCCGUGGUCGCUUGCCGUCUGCUCUUCUCCCCUGCACCUGCUGCUGCCGCUGAAGCAGCCUCCGAACCAUCACCAGCAGAAGCCGCAGCAGAUUCCCACACCGAAUCUGGCACCGCGACUGCACCCUCGAGAAUACCUAAUUCGUCAGAUACCUCUUUAAGUAGCGCCUUAGAGUGGCUGGCCUCCGCAGCGAGCGGGAUUAAGGACCAUGCGGAGCGGCUCGUCGGACGCGGGAAAGCCGGAGCUGAUGCUCCCGACUCGGGAAGUCUGGACGCAAUUCUGUCUUGUUUACCAGAAGGAUAUAGUCUUGCCGGAAAAGCGGCUACUGCCGCCGCGAUUGCCGCUGCAGCGGUGGUCGCGGUGGGCGGAACGGCGCUCGCGAUCCGAGCCGCAGUCGGCGCGUCGCGAAGGAAACGGCGGCAGCGCGUGAUCGGCAUCAUUCCCGCGCGGUUCGCGUCGUCGCGGUUUGUGGGGAAGCCGCUCGCGCUGAUCGCGGGCCAACCCAUGAUCCAGCACACAUGGGAGCGUGCGAAGCUUGCGCAGACCCUGGAUCGAGUGGUGGUGGCAACGGACGAUGAGAGAAUAGCCCGAUGCUGCGAGGGGUUUGGCGCUGAGGUCAUCAUGACGUCAGCAGCGUGCAGCAAUGGUUCGGAACGGUGUGCCGAGGCGGUGGAGAAGCUCAAGGGGAAAUGGGACGUGGUGGUGAACAUUCAGGGGGACGAGCCGCUCAUCGACCCCGCUACCAUCGAUGCUGUUGUCAUUGCGCUACGGGAAGCACCCGAGGCUGUGGCAGCAACGGCAGUGGCUGACCUGAAAGCAGCCUCGGCUCCGGACCCGAACCGAGUGAAGUGUGUUGUGGACAACAGGGGCUUUGCACUCUACUUCUCCCGCGCGCUCAUUCCCCAUAACAGGGACGGAGUGCCUCAUCCCGGCUUCCCCUACAUGCUGCACCUGGGCCUGCAGGCCUAUGACGCUGCAUUCCUUGCGCACUACAGGGCGUCUGAGGCGGGGCGACUGGAGGAGGAGGAGCAGCUGGAGCAGCUAAGGAUGCUGGAGCAGGGGCACAGGGUGAAGGUGGUGAAGGUGGCACAUGCAGCCCAUGGCGUGGACGUGCCUGGUGAUGUUAAGCGGAUAGAGGAGCUCCUGCUGAGAGGAGGGCGAUGAGGGGCUUGGGGGAGGGCGAUGAGAUGUGUCAAGGCAUGGUUGGAGCAUGAGCAAGGUGGCGCAUGCAGCCCAUGUCGUGGACAUGCCUGCGGACAUCAAGCGGAUAGAGGAGCUCCUGCUGAGAGGAGGGCGAUCAAGUCUCGGAUGGGAGGAGUGCGAUCAAGUCUUUGAAAGGAUGGCAUGCAUGCGUGCAUGCAUCAAGCCACGCUGACAUGCUUGCUGGGAGCCACUAGAAGGUGCUCCUGACAGGCUCAAAUAGACUCAAGGAAGGACCACCUUAGCUCUCAGCUCAAGGUGGGUAGGUAGGCUUAGAAGAGGGAUUAGCAGCCCGCCUGGUUAUAGACAGAAGACUGCUGACGGAAAAGCAGUCUUGAUUCUUGACCCCUUUAGUUUAGGUAGGUGAGUGUCUUGCUUCUUGCCUGAUCCUGUAGCUACUCUUCCGCUACAAUCCCUCUAGGGGAAAGAGAACGCUGCUUCUGCGAAGUAUCUACCGCGCGUAAAUGGAAGAUGCAGCUUUAUGUGACAAGUGUGAUAA